AUGAAUCCCUAUAUUCUAACACAAUGUCCAUCCACCGCUAACUUGACAUAUACCAGCACGAAUAACACUCCAAAAUAUGACUUUCGAAUUUUAAAGAUUAGUUUCUUGAAAGAGGUGAUCCAAUUGCCGAUGAAUGGACAAAGUACUACAUCAAAUGAUGCUACUAACACCACUACUAGCGUGUUCGCCACAACAUCUCCUUCCGUGAGUUAUGUGCAAAUGGAAAGAGUACAAGCGAGGGAAAUACAAGCAUACAGGGAAACGCAACAAUUUUUGGCAAGAAUUGGUGUUGGUGUGACUGUGGAGGCACAAGAGAUUUUUGAUGCCCUGAGUAAAACGUUGCCGGUGCGAUGGGUCGAAGAAAAAAUUGUGGUUUUAGAUGAGGUUAUUAUUAAUCCACCAUAUGACUUGGAAAAUUGUAAAGCAGGUUCAAGUGCUUCUGGGUCGUUGGCACGCGUCAGGAAAGUGCUUGAAGGAGAAAAGAAAAGGUUGUCGAAUCUCGCGCCGUACUUUACAGACAUCGAAAGUAACAAUACUUUAUACAAAUUCUAUAAGCUCAAAGCGAGGAUAAAUCAACAAUUCUCUUCAUUAUCUUCUAUUAUCCCCACCACUACUAUCAAAUCCUCUUUUUCCACGCAAUCCCGUCGUGUCUUUACAAAUAUUACAAACACCCAAUUAAAACAGCGUAUUAUUAUGUCUGGUACCGGAACCCUCAUUCCACAAACCUUAAAGAAUAAUAUUAAUAACGUUACACCAGAUUCUAAUGGACAUCUUUUAUCACCGAAUAACGCGUCUCCAAAUCGUAAUUAUUCAACUUCAUCUCACGAUGAAAAUAACCUGGAUAAUACUAAAGAUAGCGGGCACAGUAACAAUCAUGCUGAAUUAACACGGUGGUCAUUGGCUUGGUGGAAAGAAUGGACUAUAAUUUUCAUAGUGUUUGGUAUCACUGGGUCGACUACUGUAAGAUGCGUCAGGCCUAUCGUAACAAAUUUGCUUGGAAUCGAAGGUUCAUUCUUGGAAGGUCCAUGGAGUUAUCGAUUAACCUAUUUAAGCAUUACAUUACCACUUUACUCUUUGAUAUUGCUUAUUAUCGGUACUAUUGCUGGACGUCAUGCAUUCUUUAAAAAUGUUGUGGUUAGGAUGUGGGGUAGAUUAAUCCCAACACGACUGAUUAACGUCGCAAAGAGGCGGGAGUAA